GCAAAGUGUGGAGACAAAGGCGGACAUGGAUCCGACUAACAGUCCGCUCUCCCUGUCCUGCGGAAAGGGCGUCUCGUACGUGUGCACCCUGCUUUUGACCUGCUUUAUUUUGCUGGUGGUUCGGCAGCUGGUGAAGCAGCGCAGACCCCGAGGCUUCCCCCCUGGACCCACUCCUUUGCCUCUCAUAGGGAACAUCCUCUCCCUCGCCUCAGAGCCGCACGUCUAUAUGAAGAAGCAGAGUGAAGUCUAUGGGCAGAUGUUUAGUCUGGACCUGGGAGGGAUCUCAACGGUCAUUCUGAAUGGUUAUGAUGCCAUUAAAGAGUGUCUUUAUCACCAGAGUGAAGUGUUCGCAGACAGACCAUCUCUGCCUUUGUUCCAGAAAAUGACCAAAAUGGGAGGACUUCUCAACUGCAAAUAUGGACGUGGCUGGAUUGAACACCGCAAGCUGGCCGUUAACAGCUUCCGCUACUUCGGCAGCGGAGAAGCGAUGUUUCAGAAGAUCUCAGAAGAGUGCAUGUACUUUGUGGAUGCUAUUGACAUGUACAAGGGAAAACCCUUUAACCCCAAGCACCUUGUUACCAACGCUGUUUCAAACGUUACCAACCUUGUAAUCUUUGGACAGCGCUUUACCUACGAUGACCGUGACUUCCAGCACAUGAUUGAAAUCUUCAGUGAGAAUGUGGAACUGGCAGCCAGUGCCUGGGCUUUCCUCUACAACGCAUUCCCCUGGUUUGAGUACCUGCCCUUUGGGAAACACCAGAAACUCUUCCGAAAUGCCAACAAGGUGUAUGACUUCCUGCUGCAGAUCAUUGAGCGUUUUUCCCAGGGCAGAGUACAGCACUCGCCAAAACAUUACAUUGAUGCCUAUUUAGAUGAGAUGGAGCAGAGUGCUAAUGACAAGGGCACCUCUUUCUCCAGGGAGAACCUGAUAUUCUCAGUGGGGGAGCUCAUUAUUGCAGGCACAGAGACCACGACCAAUACCCUGCGCUGGGCCAUACUCUACUUGGCUCUCUAUCCCAGCAUACAAGAGAAGGUUCACAGGGAGAUCGACUCCGUUUUAAAUGGCAGAGCACCAACCAUGGAAGACAAGCAGAGGAUGCCCUAUGUGGAGGCAGUGCUGCAUGAAGUACUGCGCUUUUGCAACAUCGUUCCUCUGGGCAUCUUCCGGGCCACGUCUCAGGAUGCAGUGGUGCGUGGCUACACAAUUCCUCGGGGGACAAUGGUCAUCACCAACUUGUAUUCGGUGCACUUCGAUGAGAAGUACUGGAAUGAACCUGCCGCCUUCUGCCCCGAGAGGUUUCUGGACAGCAACGGCAACUUUGUGAGACGAGAUGCCUUUGUUCCGUUUUCAGCAGGCAGACGUCAUUGCCUUGGUGAGCAGCUUGCCAGAAUGGAGAUGUUCCUCUUCUUUACCACGUUGCUCCAAAAGUUCCAUCUGCAGUUCCCUCAGGGCAGCAUACCCAGCCUGAGGCCUAAAUUAGGCAUGACACUUCAGCCUCUCCCCUACUCCAUAUGUGCUAUCAGGAGAUAGCAGUAAAACCUUGUCACUUACGGCACACAUUCUCUCACCUCAGGGGAUCGUUUGAGAAAACUUGGGCAACUCUGCUCCCUUGCUUUGAAUUCAUAUUUUCUGCAGAGAAAACUGAUCUCUGGAGCUGGCUAGAAAAAAAAAAUCUGAGCUUGCCCUUAAUAUGGUUUCACAGAACUCAAGCAGAGUGUGAUAAGAGAGCUCUUGCAUACUAGGCAUGGAAAAAGAGUCCGGACAGCUGGAUUCGCUUGUUAGAGGCUUGAGCACACCACGGAAAACGUGGAUCACGUCUUUUGUAACUUGAACCAAAAAAGGAAAAAAAAAAAAAAAAAAGCAGUACUGUGUAGCAAAGCAGACACUGAUCUUCCAUGUAAGGGAAGGCAUGUUAGGUCAAUAAUUUACAGAGUUUAUCUCUCCCAGUGUUACAGACCUCUUUUUCAACAUUCCUCGAAAUGAGUACACAUGGUUCCCUUGUUUCAGCAGCAGGCCAAGCAAAAGGAGACUGGCUGACUUUCCCAGAAAGCUUUGCACACGCAGGCAGGGAUCACAGGCACGUAUCAGCACUGAACCAACAACGGCCGACUGGUUUAUCUCAGUGGACAUCGUCUGUCAGAGCUUAGGUUAUCUCCAUAUUUCUGGUGCUGUCAUUAAUACCUUGUUAUGAAUGUUUCUGUUUCUUUAGCCUUACAUGCAUUUAUUAUGCCUAGCACUGUAAAAAUUAUAUAAAUAUGAAUAAACUCACAAAUCUUUUUGAUAGUA